CGAGCUCCAGACGCACGAUCCCCUGUCAUCGAUCACAAGUUCUGUAGACGCGCGUAGGAGAAGACGGAGCGGUGGGAGCGCGCGUGCAGGACCGUUUCGUGGCGCGAGGAGAUGGAAGGCUGUUCUCACGCUGUGUGAGGAGAACGGCUGCGAGGAGUCACGGGAAAAACAGACAAACAAAGUUAUUUAUUUAUUAUUGUUGUUGUUUUGGUUUUUUUUUUUUUUUUACUUUGCAGACUUGGCCGGCGGCACAUCCGCGUAACGGUUACGUGUUUUAUUUUGCGGUCCUGUCGCAUGUACAAUGACUGAGUGAGCGCGCCCACCCGUACGCGUGACACAGAGAAGUGUGUGUGUGUGUGUGCGCGUGUGCUGUUCUCCGCACCAAGACGAACAUUCCCCCGGUCGGGAUGGAACCCUGGGGCGGGGACAGCGACCGCCGCUCCGCAGCCUGUCAACGUGCGGCGUUUAAAGGCGAAGCGAACAUGUACUGACGCACUUUGGCUCCACCGAGAUGGACGGAAGCGUCGCGCUGCGCGUCUCUUCGCGCUCCUUUCCAGAAGCACCUCUCUAACUCGGAGCGACUGCUCCAGGGUGCCGCGCCGCACCGCACCGCCUCGCCUCGCCUCCUUCCCGCCUCGUUUAUUUUGUUUCUUUCUUUUCUUUUAAUUAUUCUGCUGGCUGGCCGCUUGCUGGGAUGUGCCGCCGCCGCUGUCCGCGCUGACGCCGCCGCUCCGGCGCCAUGCAGCCCCCGCGCUUCCUGUGGCUCCUGGCGGCGGCGGCGCUCUGCUGCUCGCUGCUCCUGCUGCUGCACUCGCGCUUCCUCACUCCAGGUCAGCUGGCGGCGGGGACGUGCGAGAUUGUUACUCUGGACCGGGACAGCAGCCAACCGCGGCGAACUAUUGCACGGCAAACUGCACGGUGCGCAUGCAAGAAAGGCCAGAUCGCCGGCACCACGAGAGCCAGGCCGGCGUGCGUGGAAGCCCGCAUCGUGAGGACCAAGCAGUGGUGCGAAAUGCUGCCCUGUCUGGAAGACGAAGGCUGCGACCUGUUGGUGAACAGGUCAGGCUGGACCUGCACGCAGGCCGGAGGUCGCGUCAAAACCACCACGGUCUCCUGACGACAGUAGCGGCACAUUCCUGGCGCACGGGGGGGGACGACACGCAGUUUGGACUCUUUGCAAGUCUCUUUCUGUAGUCGGUCUUCAACGCCGUGGUCAUCACCCCCCCCCAUCUCUCCGAAUGAUCAGCGGACACAGCGCCUCCUUCGAAGCUCGGUAGACUUGUGCUCUCACCCCUUCUGAACAGCUAGAGGUGUGAGGUAUACGCUGGAGAUCUGCGCUACAGAGUUCCAGGUGGGAUUCAGCCCCCUCCAGCGCUGGAAUAUUCUUCGCUGGAAGGCUCGGUUCCUAGAAGAGACCUGCGUCUCCGUUUUUGCCAAGGACCGCAUCCUCUCCCUCUGACCGACGCAGGACCGCGAAGCGGAGAAGAAGAGAGCCGGGUAUCUGCUGGAUUCGGCGUUUGCCUCUUUGAAAAUAUUUUCACAGACCAAAGAAACGAUGAUAUCAUAUGCGGACGAGAUGGACCCGAGGUCACGGAAACUAAAACAUACAAACGAAAAAAAAGAAAAAACGGGAUUGUAGUGACAAUGACGCAUUUGGCUGUUGCCACACGGCGCAACGGAAACAGACAAACGCACCGGAUUUGUGUCGAGCGCAAAUUGCCGGACGUGAAGAAGUGAGCCGAUUAAUCCGAGCACAGAGAUAAUAAUGCACGCGGCGGGAAGAAGCGGAGUUUCCUUCGCUGACGCUCUCCCUGGACUUCACUCAUUUCGAGUAUGGAAACUGGGACUGGGGACGUAUCGCUCGGUCAGAGCCGUGUUUCGGGACAGUUUGCCACGAGCAUGGUCCGUCACAGUGAAUCGGCAAACCAUUCCUCAUCCGAAAGAGAAUAGCGACAUGAGUUUGGGAGAAUAUCAUUAAAUGUAUUUUGAAAAGCCGAAAGUUAUAUAUUUAACAGUUUUAUAUGUUGUAUCUUUGUAGAAAACCUUAUUUAACACAAAUAAUGUGGUCAGAGUGCUGGUUAUAAACAGUGGGUACAAGAACACACCAAUCCCCCCCCCAACCCGCUCAUCUUUCCUCCUCUUCUCUCAUCU